AUGGCCUUGAAUCUGGCGCCGUACCACACGGCCAUGCGAAUCGGCCAAGGCUUCAACUCGUACACGCACGAGAUCAUGAUGAACGACGCCGUCGUGUUCGACGAGGCGGCCGCCGGCGGCGACCACUACCAGAGCGACACCAAGCAGGUCAGCCAGAUCGUCACCUACUGCACCCGCCACGUGGACAAGCUGUCGGACAUUACCGACGCCAUGAACGUCUCGGCCGCGCUGAGCAUCAAGACGGCCACAGCGGGCGGCGGCUUGGCCGGGUCCUUUGUCGACGCCAACAAGUUCAAGGAGAGCUCCAUCAACUUUUUCGUGCAGGUGCGCGUGGUCAACCAGACCAUCAUGGCCGAGGACGUGACCAAGUUCAACGCCAUCAAGGGCGUCUCCGACACGAGCAAGUUCAUGAAGGUGUACGGCGACUCCUUCAUCUCGGGCUUCAUCGAAGGAGGCGAGCUCGACGCCCUGGUGUCCAUCAAGGUGACGGACUCGUCGAGCGUGCGCGACAUCAAGGCGUCGCUCGAGGCGCACUUUGGCCAGGGCGCCGCCGCGGGGGGCAGCCUGAACGCCAGCCUGGGCAUCGACAAGCAAAAGACGGUGCAGAACUCGGAGACGACCAUCACGGUCAACUGGAACGGCGGGGGUGACAUCAAGGAGCCGCACGAGCUGUGGUCGAUCGAGUCGCUGACCAGGGUGGCGGCCGCCUUCCCCAACAACGUGGCGAGAUGUCCCCAGAGGACGCACGCCAUCAUCACCAAGUACGACAGCCUGCGCAGCUUCCAGCUGGAGCAGCCGAAGCCGUCGGUGCUGGACUACGACAUUGCCAGCCUGUACACCAACGACCUGCUCGACUCCAUGAUGUCGUACAAGAACAUCUGGAAAAAGCUUCACGUCGACGCCAGCGACUUUGAGCUGGGCCUCGUCACGUUGCAAAAGGCCGUCCCGCCGCGAGCCAAGCCGCCGCGCAGGGACAACAACGGCAACGGCAACGGCAACGGCAGCGGGCACGGGCGGAGGGGCGAGCGCAGACACUUCAUCGAGGACGUGGUCCAGACGGCGCGCGACCACUCAGACGACAGCGUCGACAGGGUGCUCGAGCUCGUCAAGCUGCUGCACUCGCCCGCCGGGAGCCAUUCCUCCCAGGGGUCCCAACCGCAGACGUCGCAGGACUUUGACUACCCGGACAAUGCCGGCGUGCCCUACGAGCCGGACGACCACGGGCUGGAAAAGGCCCGCAAGGACUGCCGGCUCGAGAUGAUCAAGAUUGUCAAGGAGGUCGACGCCGUGAUUGAGAAUCCGUCGCUGGCUCUCGACAACAGCCGCGACGCGGGCUUCCUGAACCCCUCCAUCUUCCGGAAGCUGCUGCCCAUCGUGACGCCCGUGCCGGCCCAGAAGCCGCCGACCUCCUCGGCGCCCGGGCUGCUCGCUCGCGGAAGCCUUUACAACGAGCCGGGCAGCCUCCCCUCGGCGCUCAGGCAGCACCACGACGAGGCGCAGAGGGACGGCAAGGCCACCCACUUCGUCAUGGCUGGCUGGGCCGGCGACCACGGCACCCAUCAGCCACCCAAGACCUUUUUCGACCUGACGCAGGGCGGCCUCACCACCAAGCACGUGGUGAAGAAGAUUGAGAUGUGGAACCACACGCAGGAGAAGAACGAGUACAUGGUGGGGUACCGUCUCACGUUCAGAAACGGGUCGACGGCGGUGGUCCGCAUGAGCGACAAGGGCGUGGCCCCGACAGAGGAAAAGGGUGCUGCCCCCGCGCAGUCUCACCACGUCUUUGAGGUGGAGGACAAUGAUCGCAUAGUGUCGGUGCAGAUGACGGCCGGCCUCUUUUCCGAGUUCCCCGUGCUCCUCAUCAGCUCCAUCAAGGUGGUCACGGCCGCGGGCAAGAGCAAGGUACUUGGCCACACGUUGCCCUCCAACUCGGUGACGCUGUGGACAGAGGCCCCGGCCGGAAACUACUCGCUCAAGGGGUUCUGGGGGCAGAGCGGCAGCUCGUUUGACCGCCUGGGCGUGUUUUACGGCCUUGACGAAUGA